UAUAUAUGUAAGCCCCCCAAACACCACUACCGCAAACGCCAAACACACAACACAUAACUCCAAACGCCAAUCGCAAACGCUAAACAUGGGUAACGCAAGCCAGAAAAUGGCAACGCUGAUGAUGUUAAUGGCACUGAUAACGUCGUCAAAAGCCGCGAAAAUGGAGGAGAAAGAGAAGGAAUGCUCGACCGAGAUGGGGAAUCUGGCGUCGUGUAUUCCAUUUGUGAGCGGAACGGCGGUGAAACCAACGGCUCAGUGUUGUGAAGAGACGAAGAAAGUGAAGGAGAACAAGCCAGAGUGUCUAUGCGUUAUGAUCAAAGAGAGUACGGAUCCCUCUUUAGGGCUUCCGGUUAACACAACUUUAGCUCUUCAGAUGCCUCUGGCUUGUCACAUUGAUGCUAAGGUUUCCGAUUGCCCUUCUUUGCUGAAUCUCCCAGAAAAUUCUCCAGAAGCAAAGAUAUUUAAAGAUGCAAUUGAAGGAUCGUCCUCUCCCAUAUCAACGUCGUCGUCUUCACCACCGUCGGGAUCAAACUCGAAAACCACAACUGCAACUCCUAGCAACAACGAAGCUUCGGAUGCCAUUAAAGCUACCGAACAAAGUCUUUUCUCGUUUAUCAUAACGAUUGCGGUCUUUGGAGCCUUCAUGUGAAAACCCUAAAAGAUUUUGGGUUGUGCAAGUUUUUCAGUUUAUCUAGUUUCUUAAAUAAGAAGUAACAGUUCCUUGUGACUCAAGGAACAAGCUCUUAUGGCAGAUUUAAGCCUCUGCAUGUUGAUCACUUGCGGAAUUUUAUAACAUAAUGUCUUUUUUUU